AUGUGGCGGAAUCGGAGUGAAGAAUGGGAACGCCGGAAAUCAUAUUUAGUCCGAAGCCUCUUCGAGGAUUUGCCAAGGUUAUCGCCUAUUUCUGAAACAGAUGAACUGAAAUUACCUUCAGCAGAGGCUUCGUCCAGACCAUAUAGUCCCCUGCCAGAUCUUAUUAUAGAAAGGGAAAAGAACCGUCAUGAUGAACCGGAGGAAUACUAUCAGUUGUUAGAAAAAAAAAUGUUAAAAUUAUAUAGAAAAUUAUUCUAUGAUGUUGAAUAUGAAUCAAAUUCCGAAGAUGAUUCUUGUACUAAAAUCAUUGAAUUUGAUGAUACUGAGGCUGAUUUUGAGAAUUAUAUUUCUAAAGAUGAAUAUUUUUCAAGUAAAUCUACUGAAGUUAGUACCUCCAAAACAAAUUCAAGCAAUAGUAGUGUAUUAAAUGAGGCUGCUAUUAGCUCUGAUCUCGAUGUAAGUGAAUAUUCAGACUUGGAUUUCGAAUUUUUAAAACCAUUAUUUAAAAUAAAUCAGUUAGCAGAACUAGAAAAUCUUGAUCAACCCACCCACGAUAUUAUAAUAGCACAUUAUAAGCUGGAAGAUAUAGGUCCUGGACCUCAAGUUAGCCCUACACAUACAGAUAGAAGCCUAAUUAUAAAACAUAGACAAUAUCGAAAAAAAAGCUUACAAGAAUAUGAAACUUCGCCUGAAUUGCAGAUUUCUGAGAAACUUGCAGAAACUCAAGCAAGAAAUAAUCAAGACUUAACCAGUUCAAAUGUAGAGGUGGACACUGAUGAAUCUAGUGAAAUUGAAACUCUGAGAAGAGAUAAAUGUGAUUCAAAAUCACUAGGCUCCACUCCAUAUGAUGUGGUGUCUAGUGAAAAAAGCCUUACUCCAGUUAUUGAAAUGGAGAAAGAAAUGUCACUUAUGGAAAAUAUUACUCAAUCCGAUGAAUCAAUAACAGUACCGGUAAGAGAUACCGGAACAGGAUUAGAGUCAGACGAGGUGCAAGAAAUGGCAAUGAAUACUUUACAGCACCCACAAAAUUCUGAAAAAUCAAAUAGCUCUUCUUUAAAACGCGUCAGUUCUGAUAGCUGGUCGGAUAUUGCCGAAGAUGCUCCAAGUAAAAUGAAAAAGUAUGUAACAAAAGAAAUUCAGACCAGCCCUUUGCCUGAUGCAGAAAUCUUUUGGGAAGAUUUACGAUCAAAUUUUUUUCUAGGCACGCCAUUAGUACGUAAUCUUUGUAAUUGCGAAAAUCAUGUCUGA